AUUCAUGUUUGUUUGUUUUUUUAAACACCGACCUGCAUUUGUAAAAUGUAGUGAUGAAAUCUUGAAAGCUAAUAAAUUAUCACCUAGUCUAUUAAAUAAACUUGAGAUCUGGAAUUUGUUGAGCUGGGCACUGGUGGUUGGUCAACAGAAGUAAAUAGGCAGCUUAGUGUGUGUACUUGCUGACAGCCCACAUGUCAGUACUAACUCAUUUUCAUCCCAAAGGCGAAUGCACCAGUUAGCUCUGCCUUGUAACUUUGUUAGAUCUAGAGUUUUUGUCAAAUUGACACCAGUGUGAAUUAUUGACUUAAUUUGGAUUAACAAGGAGCUCAUGAGUUGUGUGAUGGCCCUUGACUAUGGCUCAUUACAGUUUUAAAGCCAAAGUUCUGUGGUCUAGUUUCUUUCAACUUCUUCAUUGAGGGUGUUAAAUACUUAAGUCUGGAGCUCGUGAUAACAUCACCUUAAGCUACUCACUGACUUGUUUUUGUCCCAAAUACCUCCUACUUCAAGUCUGACCCCCACAACAUCAUUUUGGAACUUUUUGUCUGGAUUGAUUGUGUUUCUGGCUUGAAGUGACCUUCAUAGUUGUGCCAUGGGGACAGUGGACCUUGUCAGCCAAAGUUUUGAUAGUGUCAAUGAUACUAGCAUGAUAAGCAUGAUAAGUGUGAAGUCUCAGCAUUCCUUUCAUUUCUGUUGGAAGUGCAAAAUGACCCUUGGAGAAACUGACAUUCUGGAUCCUGGCCUGUCCAUCCAUCCAUCAACCAACCUAACAAGAACUAUGAUCCACCCUUGUGUUGAUCCACCGCUGUGUGACAACUGCACAAGGCUAGAGUUGUCUUUCUUUGACCCUUUGUGCCCAGACUGUCGUAAUAUUCUACUAAACCCAUCUACCACAGUGCCACAGAUAUUUGCCAUCAUGAGACAGUGGACUCCACAAACACAGCAGUCCCUGGAACUUUUAGUGGAUGAGAUAUUAAAGCGUGGGGCCAAUAUUAAUGACAGGGAUGGCCUAACAGAUAUGACACUUCUUCACUAUGCCAGCAAGUCUGGGGCCGCUGGUAUUGGGGAUCCUGAUUCUGCAGUGAGAAUAGUGACCAUGCUUCUAGAUGCUGGGGCUGACGUGAACAUUCGGUGUCGGUGGACCAACAUGACAGCACUCCAUUAUGCUGCCUAUUUUGAUGUUGUACCGGUUCUCAAAAUGUUAUUGAAAGCAACGAAAGCUCUUGAUAUAGACAGUACUUGUUCAGAGUUUGAACAUGGCACAGCCUUGCACAUAGCAGCAUCUAAUUUGGCUCAUGAGGCCUGUAAAGUUUUGCUACAGAAUGGAGCCAAUCCAACACUGAAAGAUGAUUUAGGAAGGAUGCCAGUAGAGUGUGUUCCAGAGCCCAGUACUUUUCAAGAGGACCACAACAUGCAGAUGUUGGCAGUCAAAGUGAAGAAGACAUUAAGUGAAGCCAUGCCUCCUGUCUUAAAACAAGCGCCCAGCUAUGAUCUUGUCCAUAGCAAAGUGACCCUUCAGGCCCUCGGGUUAACUAUUGGAGAGAAAAUUCUAGUCGGAGGUGUCAAGGGCGGAACACUGCGCUAUUGUGGCCCCACAGAGUUUGCCUCCGGUGUGUGGGCUGGAGUAGAAUUGGAUGAGCCUGCAGGGAAAAACAACGGCAGUGUUGGAGGAGUUUGCUACUUUAAUUGUCCAAAUAAUUAUGGUGUAUUUGCUCCCAUAAGCAAGAUAUCCAAGAUGGAUAUAAUUCGAAGGUCAAGGACACCACCUGCGUCUCACCGUCUGUCUAUGAGAGAAAUGCCCAAUGUUGAUGUGUCAAAGGUUACUGCGAAGAUAGACACAGGACUAAGUAGGCAUUCUUCUGAAAUUGUAGAAGUGAAUGACAGAGUUGUUGUUGCUGGACAGCGGAAAGGAACUGUCAAGUUUAUUGGGAAAACACAUUUUGCCCCUGGUGUCUGGUAUGGGGUUGAACUAGACAGACCAGUUGGUAAAAAUGAUGGCUCGGUGAAUGAUGUCAGAUAUUUUGACUGCAGACCAAAACAUGGAGUUUUUGCUCCGUUGACUAGAAUACAGAAAUUAGGGGAUAAAAUGUUUAGUUCUAGCGAGUCACUUGACACAAUUAGCUGGGGAGCUGUCUCGGAAAGAGUGGACAGAAAAUCUAUGUCUUUACAUUCAAAUCGUAGUCAAACUCCUACACGCCCGUCUCCGAAACAACAAUCAUUAAAUCUGACUCGUACUCCUGGUCAAGGACCUGGACAGAUCUUGGAGCCUGGCGUCAUGGUUUUGUGUAACAAUGAAUUAGGUGUUAUCAGAUACAUGGGGCCCACAGAGUUUGGUGAGGGAACAUGGCUAGGAGUCGAACUGCGCAAGCCCAAAGGUAAGAAUGAUGGAAGCGUCCAGGGCAAGCGCUACUUCACCUGCCCACCCAACUGUGGUCUCAUCGUGAAACCUAGUCGAGUGACCUUGCGGGGCAUUAAUGGUGCAAAGAUUCUGGCAGAGCAGAAUGCAGUGUCUCAGGGCAUAAGUAGACACAGCAGAAACAGUGAGAGUUUAUCUUGGAGCAGAUCCAGCAGCAGAGAAGGAUCAAUUGUAAAUGGAAAUGAGAGUAUUGAUAAAUAGCUUUUUUUGUUUCUUUGUUUUUCUUUGUAAUUAUGUUUUGGUUAAAAUUGUUUUAAAAAAUUAUUGUUGAUAACAAAGUGUUGAAAAUAAGAUUAAAAAUUAUAUAUAGAUCUAUAUAUGAUUAUUUGAAUUAACCAAGAGUUAGAAACAUUGCUGUGUUUUUAGAUUAGCUCUUAAAGGCAUAAGAUCAUAGGUAUUUAACCCAAGAAGUUUUUUUUUUUAAAACUUUUAUAGAUCUAUAUUGUGACCACAUGUUCUAAUACAUAAACAUAAGUAUGUUUAAAAGUUUGUUAUAUUGUUAUGUCAACACUUGGCAGAGACUGCUGCACAUCAUCAGUGAUUUAGCAAUUAUACAUUAUUGAAAGCCUUAACAUUGAAAAUGUUUGAAAAUUUGCAUCAACUGUGUGAUAUUGUGUUGAUUGAAUCAACAUUUUUUUGUGUUGAAUUUCUCAAAUGUCAACAGAUGACAAGUUUACAUGCUAUAUUUAAAGAUAGUUUUUUUUAAUGGAAAUCCUUCUACUAAAAGAAAUUGCUUUUUUUUUUUUUUUGUAUAUUGUAUUUAUUUGUUAAAGUGACCAUGACAUUCUUUCCUUUUCACCCCCUAGUAUGUACCCUAACAUUAGCAAAAAGGGCCAUCCAAACGCAAAGAAAGAAUAAAGGUUUGCAUUAGUCACUCAAAAGAAUAAAUUAGAUUUACUGCUCAGCAUGGCUCAGUAUUCCAAAAGUCGACCAUGAGCUUAAAUUUUAUCUGUUUGAGGCUUAAACAGUAUCUGAUACUUUUUGAGUUCUAUAAGCUGAGAAACUUGAGACACAAGAAGUGUCUUGACAUUUCUUCAUUUUUUUUUUUUUUUUGGUUUACCAUAAUGUUUGUUACUUUGCAGUGAAAUAGUUUGACUUUGAAAUCAAAACUUUCUAUUUUGUGAUGCACACAUGUAUGUGUUCUAUAUUUGUAUUCUUCAGAUUUAUUUAUUUAUUGUCUUUUUUUUUUCAAUUGCAUAAUUUAUUUUUAUUCAUUCAGUCCAUUGUAACAUUUUCUUUAGUCAUUAACCCUAACAGGUGAGUUAAAACGGCUUACCUUUGAGUGUCAGAAUGCCAUUUCUUCUAUUUGUUUUAUUUGAAUGGGAAAACAUUUUAAACAUCGUAGUAUUUGUACUUUUUUUUUCUUGAAUUAAAAGCUGAAAUUACUUUUUAAUGGGUUCGAUGUAUAUUACCAAUUCUUUGUUAAUUAACACUGAGAAAACUAUGAUAAGAAUUUAUUUUUUUUAUAGUGUUUCUGAUUCCUAUCUUAUGAUUGUAAUUUUACUGAAAUAACUUUACACACAGUUAUUUCAUACUUUUUCAUUUUAAGAUAUACAACUGAUCUGUUAAUCCUAUGGUCAUUAUUUUACAAAUUACCUUCAUCUGAAUAAUACAUAUAUAUAUAUUUUUAUGGGAUACAAUCAUACAAAGUUUUCUUUAUUUCAUCAACUGAACUUUGUAAUAGCAUUUACAAUUCCAGUCAUUUAUUGCUGUUGACAUAGUCCUGACAAGUAACGUCCAUUUAAAUUAAACUUAUUGCAUCAUUUAUUGUUGACUUUUUUUUUUCUUAUCACUAAUGUUAUAUGUAAUGCAUUAGAUCUAAAUACAUAACAUUUUUUUGUUGUUGUGUACUGCUGAAUGAUAUAAGCCUGCCCAAUGUCAUUUAUUUGGAUGGACAUUUUCCAUAGUGCAUUUGAUCAGUAGCAUCAUACAGCCAAGUUAUGGCUUAAUGCAGUAAGGGUUUGUUGAGACCACUGCCCUAUAUAACUUCAUUAAAAAAACAGUUCAAAGAAGAACUUCAUAUUAAGUCCAACUGUUAAAAUAGGUAAUAAAAUUCAUUCCUUUAAGUUGGUUUAUGUUAUGCUCACAUUCAACAUAAAUUUCAAAACUUGCUUAAUGCCAUAAAGUUGUAGAUUUUUUUCUACAAAAUUUUAUUUCGUUGUUAGUUUUGUUCUGAUUCGGUCCAUUACAUAAUUCAAAUUAGAUUUUUUUUUUCUACAUCCAUACAUCCAACUGUUGAGAAGAUGAUUUUUUGUCUUCUGACACACACCUAAUGCUUCAUUCUUGCCUAGAUUUGAACAUUUGUCGCAGCUAAGUUUACAAUUUUGCAAUAUGGUAUUGUAUAUUAAUUCUUCUUUUUUUUUAAAGUGGUGCAUAGAGUGUUUCCCAAGCCUUCAAAAACAUGGAUGACUUAUUCCCCCUUGCACAAUAUAGUGAACCAAACAUUUAUGAAACCCUUCAAAUGCCUAGAUUUGAUUUAUUUAGGUUUGAAUAAAAUUUCUUUAUGAUUUAUGUGUGAUUGAUCUUUUUUUUUUUUCUAAGACCCAAUGAGGUUGAUAUUUGGGUAUAUUUAACUUUAUGUUGAUUUUGCUGUCCUUUGGUUCAGAUCUACAUGACAUUUAGUUAAGUUUGUGUCCAUUGUCCACUAAAUCUAGUCUCUUUUUAUAUAUGUAUUUUUAGUUUCUUGUCAAGAAAUCCAAUGACCUGUUUGAUUAUAUCUAUCGCUUAAAAUAAAUUAUUUUAAUUUAUAAGUAAUAAACUCUCAGUAAUUUUUUUUUUCUUUUCUGAUGCUUAUAAUGAAAAUUGACUAACAGAUUGCUACUAAUGAAAGUUAGCCUACUAAUUGCUUAUUGUGCAGGCUUGCAACUGUUUAAAAGAAAUAUAAUUAACUAUUAAUUAAUAAACAAAAUGUUUUAUUCAUAUUGUAAUCUGAAUCAUACAGUUUGAUUUGCAUAUUUCAUAAUUAUGUAUAAUUGAAAUUAUAGCUUACAAAAUGUAAUUUUUUUAUUCUGUGCCUUAACUUAUGCCAAGGAGAAAUUUGGAGAAUGUUAAAAUGUAGGACAAACAGGUAUUAUCAUAUCAAUAUUGGGUUACAGGUCAAAUGUUUGUCUGUGUUGCAGUGCUCCCUAGAAUAAAACUGCUGGUGUGUGAUGUACGAUUAGUAAAAAUGUGCUUUAUGUUAAUACUUUUUGUUGGACCAAAUAAAAAAUAUAAAUUGAAAA